AGACUUUUAAGCCAGCUAAGCAGCCAGUCACCAGAGUCCCUGCAGAGAUUACCACCGCCCCAGUCAUGGCCUCCACACCAUCCCUUGAAAGCCCCACCUCCCAGCUCAGGACUGAUAUGCCUUCCCGGGGGACCCUGGCCACCACCUCAACUGAGAACAGGUCAUCCAAGGGGCCUGCUCGCGAGACCACGGAAGACCCUCCAUCACGGGGCACCACAGCCGCCCAGGACACCUCCCCCUCCCAGCUCUGGACUGAAGAGCCGGUGUUGGAAACAGUUACAGCAGCAGGAGAUUGGUCAACAGCAGAGCCCACCAGUGUGACCACGGGAGACUCAACACAGCUUUCCACGGCAGCCACCCAUGACACUACAGCUUCCACCCGCAUUAUGCUCUCGUCUGUGGGGCUUCCCAUCCUGAUUAUUACAGCUGUUGCUCUGGGGUGUCUCUGGAGGCGAGUCCACAGGAGGCAACACUACAGGAUACCUAUGCCGGCCAUUCCCAUGAGGGUAGUAGAGUCAGAACAAAGGGGCGGAACGCCGCCGCCAGACGAUGACACGCAGGGGCCACCCCACCCAACGGAAGAGACGAAGAUGAUGCCGUCCUCUUGCGCGACUCCCACGGGUUGAGCAAAAACGGCAUCAUAAAACCAGCACUUCCAUUAAACUUGAAAGGGGAAGGGAUUGCUACCGCUUACAAAGACCAACAAGCCGGGUUCAUUAGACCUUGGCUUGUCCGUUGCCAUAUGCUCGCUACUCACCUUGAGCCUGGAAAUACGGCCUUGUUUCUAAGCGGUGGCAGGUAUGUAGAAGAACCGGCUUCCUGUCUCACCAUCGUUUCAAAGAGAAGAUAGGAAGGGUCACAUAAAUCCUACUACAUCCCUAUUCUUUGAGCUGAAUUACGAACAGACUGAAUGUCCUGUGCCCAUAAGAGAAUGUCUAGGUGACUUGGACAUAUCUUUUAAUUCUUAUGUUUAUGGGUGGUUGCUUUCAAAAGUGAAACCACUCAGGAAUUUAAAUGCCCAAGCAGAACAAUCCAGGUGGAAAAUUCUGAAAAACGUCAGGUGGCCUCUUUUAUACACAGCAAAGAGGAUGCCAGAGAGGAAGCGGUUGGUGAGAGCGAAGAACUCAGCCUAGGACCACCUAGGACAGAGAGAACAUAAAGACAGCAUUUACCUACAACGCCAUCAAGUGAUGGAAACGACGCGUUUUCCUUCUACCAGCAACAUCCCGAGUAAACAGCAAGUCUGAGGACCAGAAAACUCCUUCU